CCGUGGGCGCCGGUGCGUCAGCCGAAGUCGCUGCGGCUGCGUGGUGCGUUGUCCAGGCAACCGCGGGAGUUGUCGUUGUCUAGUGGCAUCCGAGAGACAGGUGUUCGUCAUGCAGUUGAAGCACCUGAGGACCCUGCUGAGCCCUCAGGCUGGAGCUGCAAAGGUGACCUGCAUGGCAUGGUCGCAGAACAAUGCCAGAUUUGCUGUCUGCACAGUGGAUCGAGUUGUGUUGCUGUAUGAUGAACAUGGGGAGCGGAGAGAUAAAUUCUCCACCAAACCAGCUGACAUGAAGUAUGGCAGGAAGAGCUAUAUGGUGAAGGGCAUGGCUUUUUCUCCUGAUUCCACAAAGAUCGCCAUAGGACAGACUGACAACAUCAUCUAUGUCUACAAAAUUGGAGAAGAUUGGGGUGACAAGAAAGUUAUCUGUAACAAGUUCAUCCAGAUGAGUGCUGUUACUUGUCUUCAGUGGCCAGCAGAAUACAUCAUUGUCUUUGGACUAGCUGAAGGGAAGGUUCGUUUAGCAAACACUAAAACUAAUAAGUCAUCUACCAUCUAUGGGACAGAUUCUUAUGUGGUGUCACUGACAACAAACUGCUCGGGGAAAGGAAUUCUCUCUGGUCAUGCUGAUGGCACCAUUGUUCGGUAUUUCUUUGAUGAUGAAGGCUCUGGAGAGUCACAGGGGAAGCUGGUUAACCACCCAUGUCCACCCUACGCCUUGGCUUGGGCAACCAACAGCAUCGUAGCUGCAGGCUGUGAUCGCAGGAUUGUAGCCUACGGGAAAGAGGGCCAAGUGCUGCAGACUUUUGAUUAUAGCCGUGACCCUCAGGAGCGGGAGUUCACCACGGCCGCAGCAAGUCCUGGGGGCCAGUCUGUUGUACUGGGCAGUUUUGAUCGACUUCGGGUGCUCAACUGGAGCCCUCGAAGGAGCAUCUGGGAGGAGGCAAAGCCCAAGGAGAUUGCAAAUUUGUACACUGUCACUGCCUUGGCUUGGAAGCGAGACGGUUCACGACUCUGUGCGGGCACACUCUGUGGUGGAGUAGAACAGUUUGAUUGCUGCCUCCGAAGGAGCAUUUACAAGAACAAGUUUGAGUUGACGUAUGUGGGACCCAGCCAGGUGAUCGUGAAGAACCUAUCAUCAGGGACCCGAGUGGUACUCAAGUCACACUAUGGCUAUGAGGUGGAAGAGGUGAAAAUCCUGGGGAAGGAGCGUUACCUGGUGGCCCACACGUCAGACACACUGCUGCUGGGAGACCUGAAUACCAAUCGUCUGAGUGAGGUAGCUUGGCAGGGAUCUGGUGGCAAUGAGAAGUAUUUUUUUGAAAAUGAAAAUGUGUGCAUGAUCUUCAAUGCGGGAGAGCUGACCCUGGUGGAGUAUGGGAGUAAUGAUACCCUGGGUUCUGUACGCACUGAAUUCAUGAACCCUCACCUCAUCAGCGUCCGUAUUAACGAGAGGCGUCAGCGAGGAAUGGAAGAUAAUAAGAAAUUGGCUUAUCUUGUUGAUAUUAAGACGAUUGCUAUAGUGGAUCUGAUUGGAGGCUACAACAUUGGCACCAUCAGCCACGAGAGCCGUGUGGAUUGGCUGGAACUUAAUGAGACUGGGCACAAGCUCCUCUUCAGGGAUCGGAAACUGCGUCUGCAUCUGUACGAUAUUGAAAGCUGCUCUAAGACAAUGAUCCUCAACUUCUGCUCCUACGUGCAGUGGGUCCCAGGAAGUGAUGUGCUGGUAGCUCAGAACCGAAAUAACUUGUGUGUGUGGUACAACAUUGAGGCACCUGAGAGGGUCACCAUGUCCUCUAUCAGGGGUGAUGUUGUAGGUCUGGAGCGAGGUGGAGGAAAGACUGAGGUGAUGGUGACUGAAGGUGUGACUACAGUCGCCUACACGUUGGAUGAGGGCCUUAUCGAGUUUGGAACAGCCAUUGAUGAUGGCAACUACACCCGGGCCACAGCUUUCUUGGAGACUCUGGAAAUGACCCCAGAAACAGAGGCAAUGUGGAAAACCUUGAGUAAACUGGCACUAGAAGCAAGGCAGCUACACAUUGCUGAAAGGUGCUUUUCUGCUUUGGGCCAUGUAGCAAAAGCUCGAUUCCUGCAUGAGACCAAUGAAAUUGCGGAUCAAGUAUCUCGGGAAUAUGGCGGAGAAGGAACAGACUUUUACCAGGUCCGAGCACGUCUAGCCAUGCUGGAGAAAAACUACAAACUGGCGGAAAUGAUCUUCUUGGAACAGAAUGCUGUUGAGGAGGCCAUGGACAUGUACCAGGAGCUACACCGUUGGGAUGAGUGUAUCGCUGUGGCUGAAGCCAAGGGACACCCAGCCCUGGAGAAGCUACGCCGGAGUUAUUACCAGUGGCUGAUGGACACGCAGCAAGAAGAGCGAGCCGGUGAACUACAGGAGAGCCAAGGGGAUGGGCUGGCAGCCAUCAGCCUCUACCUCAAAGCUGGCCUCCCUGCCAAAGCUGCCCGGCUGGUGCUGACCCGAGAGGAGCUGUUGGCCAACACCGAGCUGGUAGAACACAUCACUGCAGCCCUGAUCAAGGGGGAGCUGUAUGAGCGGGCGGGUGAUCUGUUUGAGAAGAUCCGAAACCCACAGCGGGCCCUGGAGUGCUACUGUAAAGGCAGUGCAUUCAUGAAAGCUGUGGAACUGGCUCGCUUGGCAUUCCCUGUGGAGGUGGUGAGGCUAGAGGAAGCGUGGGGGGACCACUUGGUGCAACAGAAGCAGCUUGAUGCAGCUAUUAACCACUACAUUGAAGCCAGGUGCUCCAUUAAGGCAAUUGAGGCUGCCCUGGGUGCCCGCCAGUGGAAGAAAGCAAUUUAUAUAUUAGACCUGCAGGACCGGAACACGGCGUCCAAGUACUAUCCUCGCGUGGCCCAACACUACGCGUCUCUGCAGGAGUACGAGAUUGCCGAGGAACUCUACAUUAAGGGAGAUCGGACCAAAGACGCUAUCGACAUGUACACCCAGGCUGGCCACUGGGAGCAAGCCCACAAGCUGGCGAUGAAGUGCAUGCGGCCAGAAGAUGUGUCAGUGCUGUACAUCACCCAGGCCCAGGAGAUGGAGAAGCAGGGCAAGUUCCGUGAAGCAGAAAGGCUCUUUGUGACUGUGGAAGAGCCUGAUCUUGCCAUCACCAUGUUCAAGAAGCACAAGAUGUAUGAUGAUAUGAUCCGCCUAGUAGGGAAGCACCACCCAGAUCUCCUCAGUGACACACACCUGCAUGUGGGCAAGGAGCUGGAGACUGAAGGCCGACUGCAGGAGGCCGAGUACCACUAUCUUGAGGCCCAGGAGUGGAAGGCAACAGUGAACAUGUACCGGUCCAGUGGACUCUGGGAAGAGGCCUACCGGGUAGCCAAGGCUCACGGAGGAGCGAAUGCCCACAAACACGUGGCCUACCUGUGGGCAAAGAGCCUGGGCGGAGAGGCUGCGGUGAGGCUGCUUAAUAAGCUGGGACUCCUGGAAGCUGCCGUUGACCAUGCAGCUGACAACUGCUCCUUUGAAUUUGCUUUUGAACUCUCUCGACUGGCCCUGAAGCACAAAACUCCUGAGAUUCACCUUAGAUACGCCAUGUACCUGGAGGAUGAGGGUAAAUUUGAGGAGGCUGAAGCUGAGUUCAUCAGGGCUGGUAAACCCAAGGAAGCAGUUCUCAUGUUUGUCCAUAACCAGGAUUGGGAGGCAGCUCAGCGGGUGGCUGAGGCCCAUGACCCUGACAGCGUCGCCGAGGUGCUCGUGGGGCAGGCCCGGGGGGCCCUGGAGGAGAAGGACUUUCAGAAAGCAGAAGGACUACUGCUUCGAGCCCAGAGACCAGGCCUGGCCCUUAAUUAUUACAAGGAAGCUGGGUUAUGGAGCGACGCCCUCAGGAUCUGCAAGGACUACGUGCCGGGCCAGCUGGAGGCGCUGCAGGAAGAGUACGAGCGGGAAGCCGCCAAGGGGGCCAGAGGCAUGGAGGGGCUAGUGGAACAGGCUCGACAGUGGGAGCUGGCUGGGGAGUACAGCCGUGCAGUCGACUGUUACCUCAAAGUACGGGACUCAGGAAGCAGCAGCCUGGUGGAAAAGUGCUGGAUGAAGGCAGCCGAACUCUCCAUCAAGUUUCUCCCUCCCCAGCGCAGUCUAGAAGUGGUUCGGGCUGUGGGACCCCAGCUGAUCGGAAUUGGGAAACACAGUGCAGUAAGUAGGGUGCUGGGAAUGAAGCCUACACCCUGGAAGGUGUGUGGUGGGCCCCACACCGGCAAGCAGGGGGUGAAGUGCCAGACAAACAGGAGCCUGAGGUGGGGGGUGGGGCGAACUGUUUCCAAUCUCUGGUUCCCCCUGCAGGCUGCGGAGCUCUAUCUGAACCUGGACCUAGUCAAGGAAGCAAUUGAUGCUUUCAUAGAGGGCGAGGAGUGGAACAAGGCAAAACGAGUGGCCAAGGAGUUAGACCCCCGGUAUGAAGACUAUGUGGACCAGCAUUAUAAAGAAUUCCUCAAGAACCAGGGCAAAGUGGACUCGCUGGUAGGUGUGGAUGUGGUGGCUGCUUUGGACCUGUACGUGGAGCAGGGCCAGUGGGAAAAGUGUAUUGAAACAGCCACCAAGCAGAACUACAAGAUUCUACACAAGUAUGUGGCUUUGUAUGCGACUCACCUGAUCCGAGAGGGUGGCUGUGCCCAGGCACUGGCCCUGUAUGUGCAACAUGGAGCUCCUGCCAACCCACAGAACUUCAACAUCUACAAAAGGAUCUUCACUGACAUGGUGAGCUCCCCUGGGACCAACAGUGCCGAGGCCUACCACAGCUGGGCUGAUCUUCGGGACGUCCUCUUCAACCUGUGUGAAAACCUGGUGAAGUCCAGUGAGGCAAACUCCCUCGCCCAUGAGGAGUUCGAGACGAUGCUGCUGAUUGCUCAUUACUAUGCCACUCGCUCUGCGGCUCAGAGUGUCAAACAGCUGGAAACGGUGGCCGCCAGGCUUUCUGUUUCACUCUUGCGUCACACUCAGCUACUACCUGCAGACAAGGCCUUCUACGAAGCAGGCAUUGCUGCCAAGGCAGUUGGCUGGGAAAACAUGGCUUUCAUCUUCCUCAACCGUUUCCUGGACCUGACUGACGCAAUCGAAGAGGGGACACUGGAUGCCCUUGACCACUCUGACUUUCAGGAUACAGACAUCCCCUUUGAGGUGCCGCUCCCAGACAAGCAACACAUACCGGAGGCUCAGAGAGAAGAGGUUCGAGACUGGGUACUCACAGUUUCCAUGGACCAGCGGCUGGAGCAGGUUCUGCCUCGGGACGAGCGGGGCGCCUAUGAGGCCUCCCUGGUGGCAGCAAGCACUGGCGUUCGGGCACUGCCCUGCCUCAUUACAGGAUACCCCAUUCUAAGGAACAAAAUUGAAUUUAAGCGGCCGGGGAGGGCAGCUAACAAGGACAACUGGAAUAAGUUCCUUAUGGCUAUCAAGACCUCCCACAGCCCUAUGUGCCAGGAUGUACUGAAGUUCAUCAGUCAGUGGUGUGGAGGCCUACCCAGCACCAGCUUUUCCUUUCAGUGACUGGGGAAGUGCAGGGAAGUUUUCAGCUUCCUCAUUAAAGCCUUGUAAGUCA